AUGAGUUUCAUAUAUAAUGCAGGUGCAUUUCCUUAUUUUACAAAUAAAGAAACUGUGUCCCAAUAUCACUGGCUUGUGUUCUACAGAUAUGGUUUGGAGUGCCUUUUUCGAUACUACAGUUACGGCCUGGAAAAGAAGUUCCGGCUGGACAUCUUCAAGGAUUUUCAGGAGGAAACAGUGAAGGACUAUGAAGCUGGCCAGCUCUAUGGACUGGAGAAGUUCUGGGCCUUCUUGAAAUAUUCCAAAGCCAAAAAUUUGGACAUUGACCCCAAACUUCAAGAAUACCUCGGCAAAUUCCGACGUCUCGAAGACUUCCGAGUGGAUCCCCCCAUGGGUGAGGAGGGCAACCACAAGCGACACCCAGUGGCGGCAGGAGGUGGCGGCGGCGAGGGCAGGAAGCGGUGCCCCUCCCAGUCUUCCAGCAGGCCCACCACCAUGAUCAGCCAACCCCCCACACCACCCAAUGGCCAGCCCAUCCGGGAAGAUGCCAAAUGGACAAGCCAGCACUCGGACACACAGACUUUGGGAAAGUGAAAAGCCUGUUAGCCCUGGGGUUUUGGUGGGGGGUAGUGAGGGGGUGGGCGAAAGUCCAUGGGGGUGCCCAGUCCCAGGAGAGGGGACAGAGAAGGGACAGGCCUAGAGUCAUUAGAAUGGGCCUUCGUGCUGAGUAGCAACAUGUACACCAUUUGGGCUAUCAGAGGUACCCCUGGGCAGGAGCCUCCACACACCCCCUUCCCCCUCCUCUCUCCAUGACUCUUCUUCACAUCCUAGCUUCUAAGGGGGGGAGGGAAAGGGGGGAGAUUUUUUUUAUAUAUAUAUAUAUAUAUAUAUAUAUCAAGUUUUAAAUUAUUGAUAGUUCGUCUGGAUUACCAAAAUCACUCUGUAGCCCUGCCCGCGGCUGGUAGGCCGCCACCCUGGUUCCCACCCACAGCCUCCUCCUGCUCCCCCUCAAGCCAACUAUGCAGCCCACAAGAAGGCCCUGUGGGCCCCAUUGCCCAGCACUGUCCCAUGGAAGGCUCUGGCAGCGUCCCUGGGCCCCACGAGCACCAGCCCCCUGAUCAUCUGGGGCUUGCCAUCACCAUGUUCUCCCCCUGCUGUCCCCACCAUGCCCUUCUGCCAUCUUCUGGGAGAAGGAAACCAAAGGAUCUAGAAGUGGGGGCGGGGGAAGGUUUCAUCCUCUCCCCACCCCCCUCUCCCCAUACCCCUUACUCCCCAGCCCAGAGAGACGCUGCUCAUACCAGAAAAGACUAUUGAAAGAUGAUUUAUUUUAUUUUUCUCUGACCUUUCCAUCCUUGGGGGAAAAAAAAAAAAAAAAAGACAAAAUCGACCAUAAAAGACCAAAAAAAUAAAUCCGAAAACCCCCACCUAAUCCACAGAAAGUGAUGUCUUUCCCCUACCCUUGGAUUUUGUUUUUUGUUUUGUUUUGUUCUUGGAAAUAAUAUUUUUUUAAAAGUUGCCUUAUUGUGGAGCGGGAAUCUGAAAUACCCAAAUGCCUGUUUUCCUCGGCGGAGUCGCCUCGAAGAGCUCACACCUUCUCUGGACGUGCCUGGGCUGGCUUGGCUAGAAUCUUUCUCUGGACUGAGUUGCAUGUACAGUGCCUCCUGCCUGUAGGCAAGAGCGUUGGGGGCGGCUCCAGUGAGAGCCGUGCCCGGAAUACCCCUGCUGUUGCAUCGUUGGAAGCUGACGUCCUGUGUCUGUACUCUGCUGCCACUGUCGUGUCCUCGCUCUGCUUGCUGUUGCUUCGUGACAGGCCCCGUCCUGCCAUGACACCCUUCAUCCUACCCUUGGGACCCCAAGGCCAGGUUGGCUUCAAACUGUUGAAGAAGAGCAUUGGCCUGGACCUGGGACACACUUGGCCUCAGCAUGACCGUCUCCCCCCUCCGAGGGGAAGGGCGAACACCUGGCAGCUGAGGCUUGGAAAUGUGUUGCCCUGAAAGAUCUGAGACCUCAAGGAGGCUUUGUCUCCGAACAGGUGGAGAAGGAUGCCCUUCUCCUCCCUCGGGUCUGGUGGGGUCUCCCCAUCUUGCAUCCCCCCUCUGCAAGCCACCUCUGCCCACCCUCCAAUUGACCCUGCCUGGGAACGAGGGAUGAGGAGGGUUUGGGGGCUGGGGGGAAUCCUGCCAGCUGGAGAAGCCCCGCGGCAGGAAGGUAUAUGUGGACAUAGAGUAUACCUGACUCCUCUCCUCCAGCCACUGACUGCUUGGGUUGGGCUGUGAGUGAUAAUGGAACGGCUGGAGUUCUCCUGGCACCCGACGCUGGGGAGGGUGACGAAGGACUGACCCCCACAGGUUGAGCUGUGUGCAGGCUGCGGCCGUGGUGGCGCGUUCACCGCCGGCGGGGCCGGGGCGGCACAGAGAAGCUGAUGGUGGGUCGCUGCACCGCUGACACUCGUCGGCCCAAAGACUGGGAGCAGGGGACAGUAUCCCAGGCUGGCAUGGGCUUGCCCUCUGCUUUCAGCCUGUGCCCUUCCCUACCUCUGCCCUCCCAGUGGUUCGGAUGUGACCCGCUGGUCUCGAGAGUCAAGGAUGAGUGUCUGGUCUCUGCUCUGAAAGUGGGAUCUGGGCCUUUCCCUGCUGUCUGGUGCCUGCCCCACGUGGUACCAGACACCGGACUCCUGCACCCCCUCUUUCUUCCCUUUUUACCCCCUUUCCUUCGGAUCGCUCAGCCCUGUACUGUAUCCAGCACCAUAGAACCUCAAUGUUUGUCCUCUGCUGGGUUUGGGGGCACAAGGAAGCCUUGGGGGUGUGCAGAGAGGCUUUUCUCACCUAGAGUUUUCUCCCAGGCCAGGGGGCUGCCAUCCCCUCUCUGAUCCUCCCACAGACACCCGAGAGAGAGGAAGCCCCUUCGGGGUGGGAGGUGAGGACUUCAUCUCAACGCAGGCUGAGGAUGGGGGGAGGGUUUUGUUUUUUUUUUUUCCCUUUUUUUUUUUUGUAACAUGUUAGGAGUUAAUGUUGCAAAGAGUAGUUUACAUCUUCACUUUCUGAAGACACUUGAAUUUAGGACCGACGUAUCUGUGACAGGCAUGCCAGGAGCGGCCAGAGCCAUCGGGGCUUGCCGCUUCUCACCCACCACCCUCCCGUGGGGGUCCAAGACCUGAGACACAAAGCAGCAGCCUGCCCAAACCCUUCUGCUCAUCCUGUACCCUUCCAUGACUGGUCCACGCCAAUACGACCUCUGGGCAUCAAACAUCACAAGGUCUGUGUGCCUCAGCCCUGCUCAGGGGCAGGUUUCUCUCGCCCUCUUCUGACCCUGGGAGCAAACGCACUACCAGUAGAGAGUGGCUGCCUGGCCCUGCCCCAGCCUGGAUCCCCGGGGCUCAGGUCCAGGUGCUGAGCCCCCAUGUCAAAGGUGUUAAUGUUUUUGUUUUGUUCCAUUGUAGCUCUUUUUUUCCCCCCCCUUUCCUGAUUGAUUUUACAAAAGCAAGCUGCUCAGAAGGCCCUGGAAGUGGGGAGGAGGGGCAAGAAAGACGACUAGAGGAGGGGCGAGGGCGGGUGGGGGUGGGUUUUGGUUUUGGUUUUGGUUUUUGCCAAAAAGCCUGGGUACAGUGGUCUGGAUCAUCUGGUGCCCUCGUGAGUGGGACCCGAAGUAUGUCCUGUGUGGAAGGGUCCCUGAAUUUGCCCCAGCCCCCACGCUCUCCUGCAGCCAUGUUGAUGGCAGAGGCAGAGAAGAUCAGAACUUAUAGCCCAUUUCUCACUGGAGAGGAAAACUUGUCAUCUGGCUUUGCGGAGAAGGUUCCACCUUAUGCUCAUAGUACAUUAUCUUUACCAUGUGCUAGGAUAUCACAUUUAAAAGGACAAAAAAAAUGUAAAAUACUUGAAUGAGCUUGUAUUAUAACAUUAAUAUUAUUGAGAGUAUCUGCUUUCCAGGCUGAAGUGAUUCAUUCAUUAUUCUAGUCCUGCUUUAGUCCUUUGUAAUUUGUGGUAAUUAUGCUUUUCUUUUUAAUACAAAAAAAUGUAUAAAAAUAAAAACUUGAAAAGGCAAAA